AUGAUAUUCAACCUUCAACUCAUCAUGUUUCUGAUCGGUCUAUCCUUCCUAUCCGGGACGUGCCAUGCUCAAGGCCAAGCAGGCUUACCUACAGGUGGAUCUGACAAUACGACUAACGAUCGAAACUCAAAUGGUAAAUUGGAAAGUACCAAUCUAAAAGUCCACCUGCCUUCAUUAACUAAGAUCGCUGUCGAUAUCAACAACCCCAAGAGCGAUAUAUCGGGUCCUAUGGUAUUUACUCAAAGUUUCAAGUUCAAUGAGAGCUCAGGGAUAUUGAACGAAUGGGCUCAAAAGGAAGUUUGGUGGAAGGUUUAUGAUCCCACGGCUAAAGAGGGGGAAUUGGAUGAUGAGAAGGAUUUGAGGUUUGUUAUGAAUUGUAUAAUUCAAGGAUCCUCAGACAGCGAUACCGACCAGCACACUUUCAAACUAUUCGCUCAAGAACCAUAUCUACACCCAUUAGAGGGAGAUACCUGGGAUUCGAUCAUCAAUGAAGGUAAUAUGAUCUGUCCAACGGGUCAAUGUGUACACAAAGAUGGAUGUGGGGAUUUACCGAUACCGAAAUGGGAUCAGAUGUACUUACAGGAAUAA